UUGACAGUUAUUUAUUAUUAAAGUAUUGAAAAUGAUUUCACUGUAUGACAUAUUUGUUCGUCUGUCAGAACAUGUUGUUUUGUAUUUGUUUAUGAAAUUUCUGUACAUGACCAUCAAGCACAUCCUAAGUAGGAUGUCCUAAAAUUUGUUAUUCCAACUCCUCUUUCAAAUUAUCGUGUAAGAAUAAUAUUUUAAGAUGACGGUUGACAAGGACACAUUCGUGAGUUCUCAAAAAAAGGACUUCCAAUGGCCCAUGAACAAACCAAUGGUGGCUAGGCCAACACAGCCUCCAAUUAGAACCAAACCCAAUAACUACUAUGUGGCAAAAUUGGUUGUGCCAUAUUGUUACUGCGAUGCCCAUCUUUAUGCCCCUUCCAUGGAUAGGUACAAACAACUGGCUGAUAAAGAAAAGUUUCUUUACGACGAAAUUGCAAAACUAAAUAAUGAAAUGGCUGAUUUGAGUGGAGCAAUUCUGGAUCAUCCCUGCGACACUGACGACGAAAAAAUGGAAACCCUCUAUCAAACAGACUACAAAAAAAGAGGUUUGAAUUUGGUGCAAUAUAGGAAAUUGAUGCCGGCAAUUGAUUCGCCGACCGGAAUUCCCGUGAAAGCUCAAGCCAUUGGACUAGGUCAAGGGUACAGGGAUCCCACAAGGUUCCGUUACAGCGCCAUCAUAAAACCGUUCGUCGACGUCUGUCCAUCCCCUCAUUUCGCACGCACUGAUAACGCCUUGUACACACAACCGACCGGCAAAUCCGAAUACCAGGAUACGAUCAGCAAAAUGGGCUUGAGCGUGAUGAAGAACCGUCAGCAGUUCAAGGAACCACUGCCUUCGUCCAGAAGAAGAUUCGGCGACACGCACGUAUAUUAAUAUUUAAAAACGAUUAUCGUAUUUUUUUCAAACUGCAAUUCGACAUAAUAUUUUGCUGAAUAUGGAUAGUGUCACAUUAUUCAGUCAAACAUAUCCAUUGUAAUAGUUUAAGUGUCCAUAAAUAUACCUCUACAUAAAAUGAA